AUGAUGAGACAAGAUGCAUCGCACCAACCAUAUCUGUUCAAGGAUGAUUCACGGACUGAUUUGGCAUUUUACUUCCAGAAUCCUUUUGGAUUUGACCAUAAACUGAGAGACUCCAAAGCACUGGCUCACCUUAUCCAAACCUAUGCACGAGCCAAAGAGUUAAAUAAAGGGAAGCAGUUGCAUGCUAAGCUGAUCCGAGGAGGGUGUUUUCGCAGCACCUUUUUGAACAAUCACUUCCUAAAUUUGUAUUCCAAAUGUGGAGAGCUUGAUUACACCAUCAAACUGUUUGACAGAAUGUCGCAGAAAAACAUGGUUUCUUGGACAGCCAUGAUUACUGGUUUUGCUCAUAAUUUUAGGUUUCAAGAGGCUUUGAAUUCCUUUUGUCAAAUGAGGGUUGAAGGAGAUACAGCCACACAGUUUGCAAUUUCAGGCGUGCUUCAAGCUUGUGCCUCACUUGGGGCAAUUCAAUUUGGUAUACAGGUGCAUUGUCUUGUUGUCAAAUAUGGGUUGGACGGUGAACUGUUUGUGGGUAGUAAUUUGACUGAUGUGUAUUCUAAAUGUGGGAAGGUGCCUGAUGCUUGUAAGGUUUUUGAGGAAAUGUCUUGUAAGGAUGCGGUGUCGUGGAUGUCAAUGAUUGAUGGCUUUGUAAAAAAUGGACUCUUUAAGCAAGCUUUAGCAGCUUAUAAGAAAAUGGUCACUGAUGAUGUUUUUGUUGAUCAGCAUGUACUCUGUAGCACUUUAGGUGCUUGCAGUGCACUCAAAGCUUCUAGUUUUGGGAAGUCCCUUCAUUCAACCAUUGUGAAGUUUGGAUUUGAAUGCGAGACUUUCAUAGGAAAUGCCUUGACAGAUAUGUAUUCAAAAUCUGGAGAUAUGAUGAGUGCUUCAAAUGUCCUAGAACUUCAUUCUGGUUGUACAAAUAUAGUGUCUUUGACUGCUAUUAUUGAUGGUUAUGUUGAGAUGGAUCAAAUUGAGAAGGCUUUAAGCACUUUUGUUGACUUGCGGAGGAAGGGAAUUGAACCCAAUGAAUUUACUUUCACUAGCUUGAUCAAGGCUUGUGCUAACCAAGCAAAGCUAGAACAUGGAAGCCAGCUCCAUGGCCAAGUUGUAAAAUUUAACUUUGACAGAGACCCUUUUGUUUCUUCAAUACUAGUUGAUAUGUAUGGAAAGUGUGGGUUGUUUGACCACUCAAUCCAAUUGUUUGAUAAGAUUGAAAACCCUAAUGAUAUAGCAUGGAAUACAAUGGUGGGAGUUUUUGCUCAGCAUGGUUUGGGAAGAAAUGCCGUUGAAACUUUUAAUGGGAUGAUCCACAGGAGACUGAAACCAAAUGCAGUAACAUUUGUUAACCUUCUAAAAGGAUGUAGUCAUGCAGGAAUGGUUGAGGAUGGGUUAAACUACUUUUAUUCCAUGGAGAAGAUUUAUGGGAUAGUCCCUAAAGAAGAACAUUAUAGUUGUGUUAUUGAUUUGCUAGGUAGAGCUGGAAAGCUUAAAGAAGCAGAAGACUUUAUAAACAACAUGCCUUUUGAACCAAAUGCUUUUGGCUGGUGUUCUUUUCUUGGGGCCUGUAAAAUCCAUGGGGAAAAGGAUAGGGCAAAACUUGCUGCAGACAAAUUGAUGAAACUUGAACCGGAAAAUAGUGGGGCUCAUGUUUUGCUUUCAAAUAUAUACGCAAAAGAAAAACAAUGGGAAGAUGUAAGAAGAUUGAGGAAGAUGAUAAAAGAUGACAACAUGAAUAAGUUGCCAGGUUAUAGUUGGGUUGAUAUUAGAAAUAAAACCCAUGUCUUUGGAGUUGAAGACUGGUCUCAUCCUCAAAAGGCAGAAAUUUACGAAAAGCUUGAUAGUCUUCUUGAUCAGAUAAAGAAUAUUGGGUAUGUAUCUCAAACAGAAUCAGUUCUGAUUGACAUGGAUGACAAUUUGAAGGAGAAGGUUCUUCAUUAUCACAGUGAGAAGAUUGCUGUGGCAUAUUCAUUACUAACUUGUCCAACCGGGAUGCCAAUCAUAGUCAAGAAAAAUUUAAGAGUUUGCCCUGAUUGUCAUUCUGCGUUAAAAUACAUUUCUAUAGUUGCUGACAGAAAAAUCAUUGUCAGAGAUAUCAGCAGGUUUCAUCAUUUCUCCAAUGGUUCAUGUUCCUGUGGAGAUUACUGGUAA